CUGCAGGAGAGUUGCGCUCACGGCUCAAUCGCGGACGCGCGCGCAAUCUGUGCGGACACUGUCGAUAAAAAAAUAUCGAUAUAACAAUAUUCGAUUAAAAACAAUAUCGAUACAUGAACACUAACGAGUGACAAGUUUUAGUGUUGUGACUCUUGUGUUUGUUUUUCUGGAGAACGCCAUGUGACUGGCAGGAUAGAAGAAAAUAAAGUGAUGUGGCUGAUCUGCGCGGUUUGGACGCUGGUGCUGGCGGCGGCGCGCGGGACGCCGUGCGACGAGGCGCGUAUGAAGUGCGCGUUCCGCACCGGUUGCGGUCGCGCGCUCUCCGACUACAUGUACCUGUGCAGCGACGUUCUCAACGGCCCGACGUCGCGGUGCCCCCGCGAGUGUGAGCACGCCCUUAUCGCGCUGACGUCCACGGAGGAGGGAAAGGAGCUUAUGAAUUGUCAAUGCGAGGACGAAUACUGCGUGGAGGCGAAGAGCAGGAUAGAAGUAUGCCGGGGGCAGGUUUUGAGAGGGGCCAUGAACGCUACGUCGUCUUGCCGUCUCUCUCAACUCAUCUGCCUGGCCGACGCCGAGUGUGCCACUGCGCUAGGCUACUACAACCAGUUGUGCCGUUCAGUGUACCGGGGAAGAAAGUGCUCCUACAAGUGUAGGAACUCCAUAGAAAUACUGCGGAAGCAGGAGAAAGCCGCAGCGCUAACGGUAUGCCGGUGCGACGGCAACGAAGACUACGAUUGUCCGAGAAUGCAGGACAAUCUCGCUAGACUCUGCUUCCAUAAGCACAAAAACCAUACGAAGACGCACGAGAAAGGGUACGAGGAACGGAAGAAGCCCGAGGUACAGUCGAGUGCACAGAGUUUAUUCGGCAGCGUUUUGGUUGGACUGUCAGUGAUUGUACUUAGGUUGUCAUGAUCUACCUCAAUAGUGCCUGGUUUUUUAGGUUUCUUGACAGGAGCCAGUUCACUGGCGCUUUUGAUUGGUUAACGUCAAAAAAUUAACCAAUCAACAACGUUUUUGAAAAGAAACCCUGUUAGAAACCCUCAGAAAAUGGGCAUAGAAGAUGUAAAUUGUAAAUUAUGUAAAUGGUAUAAUAGUUGUGUAUUUGUGUACAUUUUUAUUGAGGAUUCACAAGGGCUAUUGUGUUAGUAUGUAAGGAUGUAUGGACUGAACUAUAAUUGUAACUGUAAAAUAAUGUAGGAGUUAAUUUAGAAGAGUUUCAAGUACUGAUGUUCGUUGCUAUUCAGGAUUUUUAUUAAGUAUGAACGAAAGUUAAUUAUAUUUACCAAAUCAUUAGAAAGUCACUAAACAAGUAAUAAGACUGGAAUGACUUAUCCAUGUCUUAUUCUUAGUUUAUUUCUAAGACUCUGAAAAAAGUCAUGGAAGAACUUUUGCUCCAGUUUUGUCAACUACUAGGGUAAAUGACUAGUUGAUUGGACAGUACUAG